CACUUUGUCGUGCGUCUGCGCAGUGAGCGUGGUUCGCGUAGGGUUGGGUGCACAACACUGUGCAGUAACUACCAGAGAAGGAAGCGGAGUUUCCGGCUAUUUGCAGCAGAGGGAGAGGAUUGCUGACACCGCCGGCUCGGGGGCUAGCAAUUGGGCACACUCAUUCAUAUCGGGGGUAGGGUUGGUGAAUUACAAGCCAAGGGUACAGACAGCAAGUCGAGAGGAAGACCAAAGUAACAGCAAAAGGCGGGGUGACCCACCAACUACCGGCAUGGCCAGGGACUACGAUUACCUCUUCAAGCUGCUCAUCAUCGGUGACAGUGGAGUGGGGAAGAGCAGUCUCCUCCUGCGGUUUGCAGACAACACAUUUUCAGGUAGCUACAUCACCACGAUUGGAGUAGACUUCAAGAUCCGGACAGUGGAGAUCAAUGGGGAGAAGGUGAAGCUGCAGAUCUGGGAUACGGCAGGACAGGAGCGCUUCCGCACCAUCACCUCCACAUACUACAGAGGAACACAUGGGGUCAUAGUGGUAUAUGAUGUCACAAGUGCCGAAUCCUUUGUCAAUGUGAAACGAUGGCUACAUGAAAUCAACCAGAACUGUGAUGACGUGUGUCGAAUAUUAGUGGGAAACAAGAACGACGAUCCCAACUCAAAGGUGGUGGAGACGACUGACGCACAGAAGUUUGCAGAGCAGAUGAGCAUCAACCUCUUUGAGACGAGUGCAAAAGAGAACAUCAAUGUGGAAGAGAUGUUUAACUGCAUCACAGAGCUAGUGCUGAGAGCCAAGAAGGAGGUGCAGGCCAAGCAGCAGCAGCAGCAACAGAAUGACGUGGUCAAACUCACCAAGAACAGUAAACGAAAGAAAAAGUGCUGCUAGCGAACUCGAACCCACUCACAAAGUCCAGCAGCGUCUGCUCCAGAGAACACACACGGGAUGGAACUCCAAGCAUCUAAAUUAAGACCAGAUAGAUUUAAUAAAUAUACAAUGGGAAAAAAGUCCCCUUUGGACAAAAAUCAUGAAGAAAAAAAAUACAUGUACAGAUUUUAUUAGAAGUCAGAAGUUUUAUUUGGAAUUCAGCAGAUGAGCACUAUUUAACAGUGAUCCUCCUUGAAGGAUCUGCAAGCAGACAAGUGAUGGCCAUAAUGCUCAGAUUUCUAUAUGCAUAUAUUCUUACAUCGGUAUCUAUUUUGUCCUUCUCAUUCCACUUCACACGGGACACUGAGUCAAGUGAAACUGUGCACCCGAAGUGGAGGACUCACUUUUUUUUGUGAUUUUCUUUGUUUUUUGGGGGUGAGGGGUGGGGUCUGUUGUUGGAAUGGGGGACUAAGUAAAACAUCUUUACUUGGGAAGGGGUUCACAACCUUCGUACAUUUUUUAUUUGGACUUUUCAGACACCUGUAUGGCUCAUCCCAACCCAUUAUGAACUUCUGGUUUGUUUUUGGACUUGAUGGGAAAAUAUCAUGAGGAUGAUGAUUGAUAGGCAACCUUUAGCAACUAAUCCAAUGGACAGAACUGGUGACUUCUAUCUUAUCUUUGGUUCUCUUUUUUUGCCAAGCUUUUUCUCCUCUUCCCCUUAAUCUCUAGCCAACGACCGGUUUCUAGAGAGAUUUUCAGAGCAGUGAACCACUCCCAUGACCCUGGCUGGGACGCAAUGCUCUGCCAUCACCACUCACUGCAGUCUUAUUGUGCGCUAAGUUUGUUUUUAAAAGAAGAAAAAAAUCUUCCACUUUUUUAAAACAAUGAUACUGCCAAUAUGUUGUGAAUGAAAUAGUUAGAAACUCUGUGUCUCCCCUUAUUGGACUGUUGCCAUAGAGACCCACUGGGUGUAGUAAUUUGGGGUUAGGGUCUGUAGGGGCCCAGGUAGCCCUCAGGGAGAGAGCCCAGGAACCACUCUCUAACCACACUCCAGCCUCUGGCCUCUACUCCCAUGCUCCAAACACCUCAUAUCAGCACCUCUCACAGCUAUGGAUUCAACCCCCUUAGCUUCCACCACUGGUGGUGCAUUUUAAUUAUAACAUCUAUCAGUGCAGGGUGCAUUUGGUUUGUACCAGGAGGAUGGUGUUGACAAGAAAUGGGAGGUUUAUUGUAGUCGGUGCAGUGAUCCUGAUCCAUAGCUGACUGGUUAGCCUUGUGUGUAUGUGUGUGUUCAGCACUUAACACUGUUUGAAGGGGUAUGUAUAAGGUAUCUGACAUGCAUUUUAGUAUUCAUAAGCUAUCAAGGAGCUUGCAAAAUGUUCUGAACUAUUAACACGUGUAUGCCUGGUGGUUUCGUCAUGCUUCUAUCUAGGACUUGUGACUAUCUGGUUAUCUGUUUAACCGAAGUCUUAAUAUCCAGUGUUCUGCUUGACUGUGAGUGAGUGGCAGGCUGGCAGUGAGAGACUGUUUCCUUCCUGAGGGUCUGCUAUGGGGGAGCAUUAGUGAUGGAGCAAUGAGAACCUUGACCGUAGCACUUUCCUACACACACUGGGCCCUGCAUACCUCUCCCUCUGCUUGAGGGUAACUGGUGUAGGCUGAGGUGGCCAUGAUGUGGGUUUGGGAAAUCUCUAUGUGACCCUAACCAGACAACCAUUGAGGUGGGGAACAUGACAGUGCCACAACCUGAGCUCUGGGUGAUGCAAGCCAAGCAGUGGAGAAAUGGGAUCAAAUUCCAGACUGUAUGAUUUCUAUUCAUUAUGUGUAUAUAAAUAUAGUUGUGUGUUUUAUAUUCAAUAUACAGAACAUACACACAUUCGCACACACAAUUGUGCAUGUAUUGACAUGCCUUGUGUGCUAUGGUUGAAACACACUUAUCAGCUGUGGUUUGCUGUACACUGGAGAAAGAGAUGUACUAUUCAGUUCCCUUCAUGAAUUUAAUCAAUAAACGUUUUAAAAUAAUAAAUAUUUGACACAAUGA